AUGGACGGUCUCAACGCAACUGAGCAGCGCGAGUUUGCCAACCGCAUGGAGCGGAAGCAGCUGAAGGAGUUUAUGACUAUGUACUCCAAGAUGGUCCAGCGCUGCUUCGACGACUGUGUCAACGAUUUCACCACCAAGUCUCUCAUCAACCGUGAGGAGCAAUGUGUCAUGCGCUGUGUUGACAAGCACCUGAAGAGCUCCGCCCGUCUGCAGGAGCGCUUCCAGGAACAGAACGCUGCCAUGAUGCAGAGUGGUCAGAUGGGUCCCCAAUAA